AUGAGGGCCGACCUGGAGGCCCCCAAAGCCCAGACCUGUCAUCUGGUGCUGCCAGCUGCGCUCACUCCGGUUUUCUGCUCAGGUCUCCUGCCCCAGCCCCCACCUCCUGAUUCUGCCCUGGCCACAGUGCCAGUCCCCUGGAGGGGAGGGGACCACCAGUGGGUCCCAGGGCACCCCAAUCUAGGCAUGGCAGAGUUGGCCAGCCCUAAAACCAGCAGGUCCUGUCUGAAAGACAGCCUGGGUGCCAGUCUGCUCUCAGGGCCUCUCCCUGGCACUUGCUGGUCAGAGUGUUCAGGCGCCCAGCAGGUGGCACUGCCAUCUCAGCCAUGGGCCCUUGUGCAGCCCAGGGCCCUGGUGGAGGUCCAGUUGGCCCUACAGGCAGCUGAGCAGGCUUCUUCCCGCAGUCUCUGCUCUUGGGGUACUGUGCCCUGCUCCAAUAGGCCAUGGGUGGUGGGGGCAGCUGUCUCUGCUCCCCAGCCUGGCCCUCGACUUCCUGGGGCUGCCCGGGGUGAAGGUGACAGGUGGGAGAGGCAGGUGGAGAAUUGGGCCAGUGAGCUCAUAGCAAAGGCACCUGGCUGGGUGGGGGUGGGUGCUCAGUCCUAUAAAGCCCCCGCAACAAUGCAGGCCACAGAGGCGACGGUGGACGGUAUCAUGGCAGACUCCGAAGUGGUGCAGAGGGCCACGGCACUCAUCGAGCAGCGGCUGGCUCAGGAGGAGGAGAACGAGAAACUCCGAGGAGUCACCCACCCAAAGCUGCCCAUGAACAUGCUGGUGUUGGAGGAUGAGAAGCAACAAGGAGCUCAUGGUCUAGCUUUACAAAAGGUCAAGGGCCAAGAGCGAGUGCGCAAGACCUCCCUAGACCUCCGGCGGGAGAUUAUUGAUGUUGGUGGGAUCCAGAACCUCAUUGAGCUGCGGAAAAAACGGAAGCAGAAGAAGCGUGAAGCCCUGGCUGGCCCUCAGGAGCCGCCUGUGGAGCCCAAGGAGAUCACUGGCCCUGUGGAUGAGGAGACAUUCCUAAAGGCAGCAGUGGAGGGGAAAAUGCAAGUCAUUGAGAAGUUCCUAGCCGAUGGGGGCUCAGCCGACACCUGUGAUGAGUUCCGGAGGACAGCACUGCACAGAGCCUCCCUGGAAGGACACAUGGAAAUCCUGGAGAAGCUUCUAGACCACGGGGCCACAGUGGACUUCCAGGACCGGCUGGACUGCACAGCCAUGCAUUGGGCCUGCCGUGGGGGCCACUUGGAGGUAGUGAAACUCCUACAAAGCCGGGGAGCAAACCUCAAUGUGAGGGAUAAGCUCCUGAGCACUCCCCUGCAUGUGGCUGUCCGCACAGGACACGAGGAGGUUGUGGAGCACUUUCUAUCCCUGGGCCUGGACAUCAAUGCCAGAGACAGAGAAGGGGACAGUGCUCUGCACGAUGCUGUGAGGCUCAACCGCUACAGACUCAUCAAACUGCUGCUCUUGCAUGGGGCUGACAUGAUGAGCAAGAACCUGGCAGGAAAGACUCCCGCGGACCUGGUACAACUGUGGCAGGCUGACACCCGAAAUGCCCUGGAGCACCCCGAGCCAGAAUCAGAACAGAAUGGACUGGAGGGUCCUGCUGAGGAUGGGCAGACCACCUUCCAAUCUGUGCCAGCCCAGUAA